AUGCUCACCCCUAGAAGGAAGCUUGUGGGAAGAAUUGGAAACACACGGAGGAGAACCCUCCAAAGUGCACCGGAUUUUGAUGUUUCAGAACUUGAGACACUGUUCUCUGCCAUAGGCCCAAAAAAAGAUACUUCUAAAAAAGAAAAACUCCACAAGAUUAUUUGUUCAAAUCCUGAAAAACUCCACUUGACACUGAAUGAGUUCAUCAGCAUUGCUGAGUCAGAAGUGGGAUCUGUAACAAUUUUGUAUUCUAUGGUGAAAUGUUUUGCAUUGGCCUUAUGUUUUGGUGAAGAUCCUGCUCGUUGCCCUUGUGAACAAGUUACACAGACCCUUUUGAACUUUGUGAGGCGGUUUAGAAAAGCUCAUGAAGAAAACUAUAAACAGGCUGAACUAGAAAAGAAGAAAGGUCAGAAAGAGGUUGAAAUGGAGAGGGGCAAAGGGUAUUAA